AUGGGAAAACAGAAAAUUGAGAUCAAGAAAAUAGAGAAAUCGAAUUACCGGCAAGUCACAUUCUCCAAACGCCGGGCAGGCCUAUUCAAGAAAGCCACCGAGCUCUGCGUCCUAACCGGCGCUAAUGUCCUGGCUCUCGUCACCUCGCCGGGCAACCGCACCUUCACCUUCAGCAGCCAACCCAACCCCGAAGACCUUCUCCGUCGCGUCAUCGUCCCCGAAAAAAACCAUUACGAGUGUUCCGCCAGUUCGUUGUCAAAUGGGCUUCAAACGAAUCAUGAGAUGGUUUUAGAGAACCGGAAAUAUUUGAACCAACGGUACGAGAAAUUGGCGGCUGCGCUUGAGGAGGAGAAGAAGAUUGGAGAGAGGCUGGCGGCGGAGGAGGCUGGCCGGAGGACAUUCUGGUGGGAAGAGGAAGUGGACGUGAAGAGGAUGGGGGAAGAAGAGUUGGAAUGUUAUUUGAUGGCAUUGAGGAAGAUGAAGAACAAUGUUGACAAGAUUUUGAUGGACAAGAAAAAUGAUACAUUUUUGGUUCCUAAUUCUCCAACAAUGGAUGAUAUAGAUGUUAGCCAAUAUCUUAAUAUUUGA